AUGCAACGCUCACGCUACAAUUCAAGUGCGCAAUUGCGAACAUAUGGAGGAUUCGCCACUGUGGCUUCAAUACCAGAUCAAGAUACGACCAACAUGGCCUCCCAGACCUGGGACCCAAACUCCAAAUCCUUCCCGACCCGCGCAGAACUCCCUUCUAUCCCUGGUGCUCCCAAAGAUGCUGCCUGGUUCUGGGGCAAAGACGACUACAUCGGCCGCCUGAACCUCCUCACCCCCUCUCGCGUCAAAGCCGCAGCCGCAGAGAUCAAGACUGGCGAACUCGCACGCAUGGAUCUCCCGUUGAACGUCCCUGAGCAACCUGCGUUCGGCCGUGAGACCUUUAAGCACGAGAUCAAGACGCUGCGGGAGAACGUGGCCUAUGAUGAUACUUAUUUUCUAAAUACGCAGAGUGGGACGCAGUGGGAUGGUUUCCGCCACGCCGCCCACGCCUCAGAAGUCUUCUACAACGGCGCCAAAGGCACCGAUUUCUUAGGCCCGAACGCGAAUGACAAAGACAGUAUCCACUACUGGUCCCAGCACGGCUUCGCAGGCCGCGGAGUGCUGCUCGAUUACCGCAGCUACGCAACAGAAAAGGGCAUCAAAUACGACUCCGCCUCUUCCCACCCCAUCUCCUACGACGACCUCGAAGCCGUAGGCAAACACCAAGGCAUCGACAUCCGCCCCGCAGCUCAGGGCGGCGAUAUCCAAAUCGGCGACAUCUUGUUCGUCCGCUCCGGAUGGACAGAAGACUACUACUCCCGCACCGCCGAACAGAACCGCGAAAUCGGCCUCCGCGUCUUCGGCGAAGAGGGCGAAGGGAUCCAGCGCUGGACGGGCGUGAAACAGGAACCCGCCACCAUCGACUGGUUGCACGACUGCUAUUUCGCGGCUGUUGCGGGAGAUACGCCGACGUUUGAGCUGUGGCCCACGCCGAAGGAUCAUUAUAAUCGGCUGCAUGGGUAUUUGUUGGCGCUGUGGGGGAUGCCGUUGGGGGAGAUGGUGGAUCUGGAGAAGGUGGCCGAGUUGGCGAAGAGGAAUAAGAAGUAUACUUUUUUCUUUACGAGUGCGCCGGCGAAUGUGGUGGGUGGGGUGAGUAGUCAUGUGAAUGGGACGGCGGUGUUUUAG